AUGGGAGUUAAAGGUUUUGUUGAAGGUGGUGUUGCUUCUAUCAUAGCAGGAUGUUCCACCCACCCGCUUGACCUAAUUAAGGUUCGUAUGCAGCUUCAGGGCGAAAACGCUCCUAAGCCGAACCCGGUUCAGAAUCUCCGACCCGCUCUUGCUUUCGGUCAAACCGGAACAACUUCCAUCCACGUGGGGCCUACUCCGGUUAUUCAGCCUCGCGUGGGUCCGAUCUCUGUUGGAGUCCGUCUCGUCCAACAAGAAGGCGUUAGAGCCUUAUUCUCCGGCGUCUCCGCCACUGUUCUCCGGCAGACACUUUACUCCACCACCAGGAUGGGUCUCUAUGACAUCCUGAAAAACAAGUGGUCAGAUCGUGAAGCCGGCACUAUGCCGCUGCUUCGCAAGAUCGAAGCAGGACUCAUCGCCGGUGGAGUCGGAGCCGCAAUCGGAAACCCAGCCGAUGUUGCCAUGGUCCGAAUGCAAGCCGACGGGAGACUACCAGCAUCUCAGCGGAGAAACUACAAAUCAGUGGUCGAUGCCAUUACAAGAAUGGCAAAGCAAGAAGGUGUAACCAGUCUCUGGCGCGGUUCAUCUCUAACCGUGAACAGGGCUAUGCUGGUUACUGCUUCACAGCUGGCAUCUUACGACCAGUUCAAGGAGAUUAUUCUCGAGAAAAGAGUGAUGAAAGACGGGCUUGGAACCCACGUGACAGCGAGUUUUGCGGCAGGAUUUGUGGCGGCGGUUGUGACUAAUCCAGUUGAUGUGAUUAAAACAAGGGUGAUGAACAUGAGGGUGGAACCUGGUAAGGAACCACCUUAUGCUGGUGCUUUGGAUUGUGCAUUGAAAACGGUUCGUGCUGAGGGUCCUAUGGCUCUUUACAAAGGGUUUAUACCUACGAUUUCGAGGCAGGGUCCUUUCACUGUUGUUCUGUUUGUUACUCUGGAGCAGGUUCGCAAGUUGUUGAAGGAUUUCUGA